AUGACAGAACAGAAGAAAAGAAAAAGAAGUUUGACAAUAGCUGAACGAUAUAUGAUUUUGGAACGUCUGGAAAGAGGUGAAUCUGGGACAACCUUAGCAAAGGAAUUCGAUGUAUCACGAGCAGCUAUUACAUUAAUAAAAAAAAGAAAAGAAGAUAUUUUACAAGCAAAAAAUGUUUUACAAAGCAGUCAGGGAAGUGUAAACAAAAAAAGAUAUAGGGGGACUGAAGAUCAACUCUUAGAAUCGAAAUUGUAUGAAUGGUUUGUACAAAGACGAAGUAUGGGCUUGCCCAUAAGUGGCCCAAUUCUUCAACAGAAAGCUUUGCUGUUUAAUCAACAUUUUAACGGUUCAAAUACAUUCAAAGCCAGUAAUGGAUGGCUUAAUAAUUUAAAAAAAAGGCAUGGAAUACGGUACUUAACCACGCAAGGUGAGAAAUUGUCAGCGGAUCCGGCAGCUAGCGAANAUUUCAAACAAAAAAUACAAAAUAUAAUGAAAGUUACGGAAAUAAGUUCUAAUCAAAUUUACAAUUGCAAUGAAACUGGUCUCUAUUGGAAGAUCAUGCCCAAUAGGACUUUCGUUUGUCGAAAUGAGAAAUGCGCUNAAGGUCGCAAGAAACCGAAAGAUCGGGUUACCGUUAUGGCAUGUACAAAUGCAUCUGGAAAUCACAAAAUUCCUUUAUUUGUUAUAGGAAAAUCUGCGCACCCUCGAUGUUUCAAAGGAAUAAAAACUCUGAGCGUCGUCUAUGAACACCAAGCCAAUGCGUGGAUGAAUCAAAAUUUAAUGGUAAAAUGGUAUUUUUCUGUUUUUGUGCCAGAAGGAACUAAAGAACAUAAUUUACAAAAUAUGCCAGACAAAAAGAUUAUUUUAAUAAUGGACAACGCUUCUUGUCAUCCACCGGCUGAAAUAUUGAAUAACAUAUGUACUUUUUGCACAGUAAUUUUUUUGCCACCAAAUGUGACGUCAUUAAUCCAACCUUUAGAUCAAGGAAUAAUCGAGAAAUUUAAAAAAAACUACAGAAAGAUAUUAAUUACUAGAGUAUUAGCUGAAGAUACAGAAAAUAGUGAAAAUUUCUUGAAGUCACUGAAUCUUUUACAUUGCUGCACUUUUGCUGGACUGGCUUGGGAGACAGUUUCAUCUACAGAUAUUAGAAACUGUUGGAAGAAGUUGAUUCCGUUAGAAAAUGAUACAGCUUCGUCUUCAGGAAUACAAUCAGCCGAUGCUAUUGCGUUACAUUUAUUAAUUCGACAAAUUCCAUUAUUUGAAGAAUUAUCUUUUGAAGACACUGUUAAUUGGCUAGACAUAGACUCAGACGAAAUUGGAUGGCAAGCUCGGACUGAUGAGGAGAUCCUUCUAGGUAUUAUUAUUAAUGAAAAUGAUACAGAAAAUGUAAUGAACAACUUAUGUGAUGAAGAGCAAGAAAUUUUUGAUGAUGAUAAUAAUAAUACUUCGCGUAUUCCAUCUCCCAGAAACGCUUUGAGUGGACUAAGAACAUACAUAAAUUGGCACCAAAGAUCAGAAGACGCUUCUAUUGCUACUUUGCAGACACUCGAAAAGUGUCAUCAGUCACUUAUUGAGAAAUUAAUACGCAUCUAA